UGUUCUACUUAUGUGUUCUCUAGAUGGAGGUUGGAAGACAAAAGCAUAUGCAAGAUGAUCAAACAAGCAAUUGCUGGAGCUAUGGAAGCAUUAUUCAUCCAGCAAGCCAAUCUAGGAAGAUGUCAAUUGGAGUUGUGGUAGACUCAAUAGCCAAGAAAAAGUCUGGAUCUGCAAAGGAAAGGGAGGUUGUGGUACCAAAUGCAGAAACAGAAAAUGCUAACUUAGCGAAUACCAUAGAGGGUAAGUUCAACGGGGAAGAAGUUACAGCUGCCAAAACAACAAAAGAAACUAAAACUCCAGAGCAGAAAAAGAUGAUGGGAAAGAAUAACAAAGAAAGGGAUACAAAGGAUAGAGAUGCUGACAUACAAGAAGCAAAGAAAAAAAAGAAGGCAGUUGAUGAAGAGGCAAAGAAAAAAAAAGAGAAAACAGUUGAUGAAGCGGCAAAGAAGAAAAAGAAGACAGUUGAUGAAGAGGGUGAUGAUGAACUGCUGGCCAAACUUUGCAAGCAGCAGAACAUGAAGAAGACACUAAAGAAGGAUGAAGUUCUGAUGUAG